AUGCAAUUCACAUCCAUUACCGCUAUUGCCGCUCUCGCAACCACUAUUGCCGCAUUGUCCGCCAACUCCAGCAGUGUUUCUAUUGACUACGUUACUGAGGUCUUCACUGCCUACAGUACCUACUGCCCAGCUUCCACUGAGCUCACCUUUAAUGGCGUUACCUACACCGUUACUAAGAGCUCCACAUUAACCAUUACCAACUGUCCUUGUACUAUUAUCAAGCCAGUGACCAGCUUAAGCAUAAUGUAUUGCAAUACCUAUGCCCCAGCCGUCGCCCCAGUUGUGUACUCCAACGCAACAACCACUCCCAAAGCCGCCAGCGUUAGCUCUACCUCCGCCAAGGUCCCCGUUGCUACGAGCUCAACCCCGUCCCCAAUCACUACUUCUGGUGGCAAUAAGCUCUUCGCUAUGUCUACUGUAAGCUUUGCGAGUCUCUUGGGUCUCGUUACUUACCUCUUGUAA